AUGACAUUUCCAGUUACGACCCAAUAUAAUGCAAGAUUUUUAACAUUUCAAUUAGUUGAAAUUGUUAAUGGUAGAGAUGCUCCGCCAGUUGUGUUACCAAAUCAGGGUACAAUUAUGGGAAUUUAUAUGAAAAUGUACCGUACACAAAUUAUUAAAGCAUAUUUAGGUAUACCAUAUGCAAUAUCAGAACGUUUUCAACCACCAGUCGUUGAUGUUUUACCAUCAUGGACCGGUAUACGUAAUGCAUCAAAAUUUGGACCGGAUUGUUGGCAAAACUCUAAACGACCAUUAAAAAAACAUACAGAAUUUUUUCAAAAAGUACUUACAACAAAUCGUAUUGUAAAUGAUGACAAAAUAUAUGAUGAAAAUUGUUUGUACCUGAAUAUUUUUAUACCUGAUGUUGAACCACCAAUGGAAGGAUUCGCUGUUAUCGUUUGGUUACAUUCUGGUGAUUUUUCAUCGGGAAGUGCAGCUGAUUUAGAUCCAUUUCAAUUAGUUUUUAAACAAAAAGUUGUUGUUGUAACUGUGGCAUACCGUUUGAGUAUAUUUGGAUUUUUUACAACUGGUGAUGGUGAAGCUGCCGGUAAUUAUGGUUUAAUGGAUCAAGCAGCAGCAUUAUUAUGGAUAAAAAAGAAUAUAAAAUUAUUUAAUGGUAAUGAAAAUUCAAUAACAUUAAUGGGUCAUGGCUCUGGUUCAAUAAGUGUUGGUUUACAUUUAACUUCUGGUGACUGGUCAGCUGGUACAUUUCAUCGAGCAAUAAUGAUGUCAGGGAGUAGUUUAUUUGAUGGUGCAGUUUACCCUCCAAAUUUUUAUGUUUCAUCAAUUGAUACAAUCAUUUAUCCCUUUGGAUGUGUUCGUCGACCUACUUCCAAAUUAAUAGAAUGUCUUCGUAGAUUGGAUGCAAAACUUUUAAUUGAAAAUAUACCAUAUUAUCUUGAAUGGGGACCAGUAAUUGAUGAUGGUUUAAAUAAUGCAUCAAGUCCAUUUAUACCUGAUUAUCCAAGAGUUUUAGUUGAACGCGGUAUGGUUAGAGAAAUUCCAUUGUUAAUUGGUUAUACAAAUAUGGAAGAUGUACUUGAUAUUAUUGUUGGAGACAUGAUGGAAACGGGUAUUACACAAGAAAUUUAUGAUACAAUGUUAAAUGACGCUGUAUUAAAUGAUCUUGGUCAUUUAGAAAGUAAUGAAUCAUUAUGCGGAAACUUACAAAUUGUUUUGGAUGCUGUUAAAUAUUCAUAUAUGCCAUAUCCACCAAUAAAGAAUGGUGAAAAAUUACGUAGAAUGUUAGUUAGUUUUUAUACAGACAGAAAAUAUGUUGCACCAUCAAUAUUGUUAGCAAACCAAAUGAGUAAAUUUAAUAUGACAUACGUUUAUCGUUUUGAUAUAAGACCAGAAACAGAAGUUGCAAAAAAGGAAUUAUCGGAUUGGGUUGGUGUACCGCAUAAUUUUGAUUUAUUAUUUGUAUGGGGUGUACCAUUUUGGUCAGAUAAAGAUGGUUAUAAUAAAUGGAAUAUUACGGAUAAAAGAAAUUCUGAUUUAGUGAUGACAUUAUGGGCUAAUUUUGCAAAAUUUAGUGAUCCUACAAAAGUAGGUGUAUACAUCAAAUGGGACAAAUAUACAUUUGAUGAACAAAAAAUAUUAGUUAUAGAUCGUGCAUUUAAUAUGACAGAUGAUAUGAAUUUUCGUGGUAUACAAUUUUGGAACGAUUAUUAUCCAAGAGUGGUACAGCAUGCAAUUAAUUGCUGUAAUGGUUCCAGUAAUGCUAUCGAUUUAAUAUUAUUAAGUAGAAAUGAAAAUUAUUGUAUUAUAACAUUAGGAUAUUUAGCAAUUACAACGAUUCUAAUUAAUGAUAGAUUAAGAAUUUUAUCAUAGUUUUAAUUGUAAUUUGAUAAGGCAGGAUA